AUGGCUCCGAGGCUCUCCAUCCACCCGCCGCUGCUCAACACCGCUUGCCCCUGGGCAACGACGCCCGACCACCUCGAAAGCCUCCUCAAGUGCCCCUCGACAGGCGCCAUCACCACCCGAACCAGCCUCAUCCAGGGCUUCGCCCACGACGACGCGGUCCACCAAUACGCCCUCUUCGACCCCGUCUCCAACACAGCCCAUCAGGGGACCCCGUCUCCAUCACCCGCCCCCGUCGGUAGCAUCAACUCCUUCGGCUACAGCCCCCUCCCUCUCGACACAUACCUCGCCGCCCUCCAACACCUGAGCGCUGCGCUGCCCAACGUCUGCAAACCCGCCAUCAUAAGCGUCGCCGGUCCGCCCCCCUCCGUCGCGGCGUGCUACGCCUCCAUCAUGGCCGCCUCCCCGCGAAUCACCUUCCCGCUCGCCAUGGAAAUCAACCUCAGCUGCCCCAACAUCCCCGGCCGUCCGCCGCCGGCCUACGACCCCGCCUCCCUCACAGCCUACCUGUCGGCACUGCCCCAGGAGCCACUCAUACCAGUCGGCGUCAAGACGCCGCCGUAUACGUACUCCGCCCAGUUCACCUCUCUGGCGGAUGCGCUGGAGCCCUACGCAUCCCGCAUCAGCUUCGUCACCGCCACCAACACCCUCGGCUCGUGCGUGGUGUCCCACGCCGACGGCCAGGACGCCCUGCCAGGAGGCACGGGGGGCAUGGCCGGCGUCGCGAUACACCCCUUGUCCGUGGGCAACGUGAGGGCCUUGACGAGGUUACUGAGCGAGAGGGGCCUGGACGGCGUGGACGUCAUUGGCGCGGGUGGUGUGCACGACGGCGCCAGCUACAGACGGAUGAGGAGCGCGGGCGCCAAGGCCGUCGGUUUGGCCACGGCGCUGGCGUCGCGUGGCGUCGGUGUUUUCGAGGACAUCGAGAGGCUGCUCGACUCCGAAUGGUAG